GACCAACCCGGUCUAUUAAUAGUUCGCCGACGUAAGUAUCUUUGUCGCCGGUUCAGCGUCGACUACGCGCGAUUCGGCCGCAAAAUCCGCCGAUAUACAGUCCGCGCGCGCGCCCGUCGCCCCGAAGACGUCGGAGUCCGCGAUGCAGCUGACACCUCCGUCCGUCGCGGAGGUCUGCCAGUGGACGACUCGCGGCGCGGAUGAAUCAGGAGCUGCCAGUUAAGUGCGAGGCCCGAAAAAGCGAGAGGAGAGGAGAGGACGUUUCCUACGGAGAAACGUCUAUCCGGCGGACAUAAACGUCGUCCGCGAGACUUCUCCGAUUGCUCCGCCGCGAUUUUUGGCGUUCGCGUAUAAGGGAGGCUGGAGGGAACUGAAAACCGCGUUUCGGGCGAAUCUAAAUAAAGAACUAUGCAACGUGGCGGCUGAGGCGGGGCGCGGCGGCUCGGGAUACGCGAGAGAGUGAGCAAGAAUGGUACAGCGAGCCGCAUGCAGCAACGAGACGAGCGCAUCCCUCAAUGGCGUACCGAGCGGCGAGCGCAAAGGAGGAACGUCCGGCGUCGUCGUCGAGGCGGACGCGGUGGUAGCGCGCGGCGCAGUCGCUGGUGAACCGACUUUAACACGCGGCAGCGGCGGAAGCGGAAGCGGCAGGUUCUCCCUGUUCAGGUGGUUCAAGCGAAAUCGCGAUUCAACCGUGGAGAAACGACGGCGAAGGGGCGCGAGGCCGGACGACGACGACGAUGGCGUCGUCCGACGACGUAGCAGCGUCUACUCCAGCGCGGAGAGCGUAGACACCUUCUACAGCACCACCACGGUUCGCAGCUUCGCGUUUCACACGGGCACCCUGGGCCGUUGCGACGCGCUGUCUCUGGACAUACUGAGGCAAGCGGCCGAGGUAGGUCCGUUCGCCGCCGGAGCCUCCAAGGUGUACCUCGGUAAGGAGAACAACGCGCUGUCGAGCGUCGCCUGCACGCUACCGAUCAACGUGCACUCUCGAAGACGAGACAUCACCACCAGGUACUCGCUGCAACCUACGACCUUCAGCUCGUGCGGCAACUUUCUGACGACCGAGAGGGGCCUGUCGGACUCGUCGGGGAGGCUCGAUGGAGGCGCGAGUAUCAACGGAUCCGCGCGGCGACGGGUCCACGUGAAGGGAAAACGGAGAGCGCCCAACCCUCCCGGCGCGGCGAAGAUCGCGGGGGUUGAUGUACGCGAGACGCCGCCGGCGAGAAACAGCAACAGACGAAAACGACGGGCACCGCGACCUCCUGAACAGUCCAAGCUCGACACCGAUGGCGACGGCAUGGAGAUAGAAGAGCGAAAGGCUGCCGACGAGGGACAGUCGAUCAGCAACGACACGCUGAUCCUUCAGGGUGGUAUGUUGCUGUCGAAGAAGGAGGUCUGCGGCAGUCCGAAGGCCGCGAGGAGCAACGAGAGCGACGCGGGGGUGUCCGGCGCGACGAUCCUUCAGGAAAGAGCGCAGAGCCCCGCUGGUACUCUGAACAUGCCUCGGCCCUGGUACAAGCGCAGCGUUUUCGAGCACUCUCGCGACUCCGGAUCGUCCAAGAGAGGCGCCGUCUUUCGCAGCCCUGCCGAAAUGAGGGAGGAGUACGUCGGGACGAAUGUAAAUUCCUCCCCGAGUUACUCCGUCGACGCUUCUCUGUCGAGACUGAAUUUUUUCCAUCGCGGCGAGCGGCAGAGCGACGACAGGAAACGGCAGGAGGCCAAACGAAGAUCCGGCUUGUCCAUCCUGACGAACAUUAGCGAGCUGGACAAGGAAGCGGCGGCGAUCGUGCAGGAGGAGCAGGCGCGGACGCGGGCGUCGAUGUUGCUGAAGACCUCGAGGUUUGCCGACGAGUUCGACAGGAGGGACGCCGUCAACGAGGAACUCGUUCAGGACAUGGUCACCUCGGCGAUCGAGAGCUCGUCGCCUAGGCGAGGCACGCGCGCGUUAAUCUCCAAAUUCAAUGCCAUCAGCAACAUCACGAAGGUCACGGUCAACGCCAAUUUCUUUGCCAAAAGGGAUCAGCCGGGUUAUAAGCUGGAUCGCGACGCAACGAGAAACAGCAAGUUCGAGCAGGUCGGAGAUUGGAGGAGUCAGAGGUUCUCGGUCCAGCAAGAUCUCGGCCAAAGCGUCCGCGUUGACAAAGAUAUCUCCAGGUACUUCCUGCCGCAGCAGAGAUCGUCGAGGAAUAAAACCGAAGCGGACGUAAAGUCAGUGGACAUCAAAAUCACCUCUGGCAAAGAGCAGAAUGAUCAGCUGAUGAAGGACGCGUCCAGCAGAAUAUCGUUCUUACAAAGUCAGCUCGCCGCAAAUCGCUCGAGUGAGCCUGUAACUGCUCAGAAGGAUAUCGCGUUUCCGGAAGAAAAGAUUAGAUCGCAAGAAAUGGCGAGAGAAAUGAAGGACAAGGAAUCGCCGAGACUGAGCAACGAAACGAGGAGAAAAUUCCUACUUUCCCGCGCUCGUAAUUUAGCCGAGGGCAGGGAGAACGCGUUAGAUCCCUUCAGAGAAAAGGCGGAGGGGGUGCAGAGGGAAUUUUCGGACAUUUUCGACGAGAUCGACCGACAGCUGCGUUCUAGACAGUUCAAGCUCAUCGAGCGGAGACCAGCGGCCGAAUCUGACAGUGUCGGUGCCAAAGUUCCGGAGGACGAAGCCGUAUCGAGCAAAGUGGCUAAAGUGCUCGAUAUCCUCGUGGAAGCCGAGAAGGAUGGCAAAACGAGACCGGUGAUACAGCCGGAAAGAUCGAUGCGAGACAAGGGAACGUCGGGUCUGAUUGAUUCCGGCCGGAAGGCCAAGUCCAGCAAGACAAAAGUAACCGCUCUCAAUACCGUCGAGGACCCAAUUACCGCGGAUUUGAAGGAGAUGCUGAAGGAGAUGAAGCACUCGUUACCGAAGCGGCCCAGGUCGAAGAAGGCUCUGUCAAACGACGGCGAUGUUCUCGAAAAGGUUGAGAAGCGCUCGCCUGUACCUAGAAACAAGACCUCCUACGCUGCCUCGGCGACGACAACGUCGAACGAUUACGAGACGGAUAAGCAGAAGGUAUCCUCGUCGGCGCAAACCAGUGGAAACAUCCGUAGAUUGAAUCAGCCUUCUACUUCCGCCGAGCGACCGUCUACGUCUGCGGGAUGGAAGCACGAGAACGUGCUCUACAGAACUUCUGGCAGAGGUUCGGUCCUUGUGAAGAAUACUUUCCAACUGAUACGACCGCGCGAUUUCGCCGAGAUAGAAGCUAUGAAGACCACGAAGGAGGUGCGCAAGGAAAACACUUAUGCCAAUGUGAUAGAACCGUCGCUGUACGCCAAUACUCACGUUCCACCCGUAUCGCCGAAGCAACGAGCGGAUCCGUCGACGUCGAAGGAUACUUCGCAUAGUAAUCAGCCCGAGGAGCAGCCCAAUAUCACAAACGAGAGUAAAAUCAUGUUGAACAAUGAUGAGCUUGCGAAUAAAGACGAUAAUUCAACAGCGAAGAACAUGAAUACCCUGGCCAUAAAUCGAUUACUAAGAAAGCUGGAAGGGGCCAUCGCGUCGGGCCAUCAUCAGCAAGCGGCGGGAUUAGCGAAGGAAUUGGCAAGGCUCAAAAUCCAUUGUUCGGUGAUACGACAGCGUUCGGCGGCAUGUUUGAAGGAUCAGUCGAUUAAAGUCAAUAUGUAUAUCGAAGACAAACUCGCUCACCAAGGACCGAUACCACUUCAGCUGCCGACGAGAAUGACGGUGGCCGAGCUGAAGACAAAGAUACAUACGGAGUUCGAGAUACCCGCGAACGUGCAGCGAUGGAUCAUUGGAAAAAACUUGGCUGAUGACGACGGGGCGACCCUCGACGGGCUACACGCAGUGGACGGCUCGCCGGUGUUUCUUUAUCUCGUAGCGCCCGAACUGCACGCCGACAAUACAGCGCAAGCGAGCAAGCCGCAGCGAACAGAGGAGAUGGCAGAGGAGAUUCCCGAGGAGUCGCCACGAGAUCCGCCAAUGGAAGUCUCGCAAACGAUCGAAGAAAAGCAAGACGCUGAGGAGACUGACGAAAUAACAUCGACAACAAUCGAGAAUCAGGAAGAGACAGCGGAGACAGAGAUGUCGGAAGGUGUCAAGAUAGGACGAUACGAGGAACUGAUAUCGCUGGAGAACUGGGACGUCAUCCCGAACUCCGAGCCAAUCGAGUGCCCAAUAUGCUUCGUUACAUACGGCCCGCGCGAAGGUGUAAUUCUGAGGGAUUGUUUACACAUGUUCUGCAGGCCAUGUAUCGCCAAUACGAUCGCUUAUUGCGAAGAAGCCGAGGUGAAAUGCCCGUACAGAGACCCCGACUAUACGUGCGAAUCGACUCUUCAAGAACGCGAGAUCAAGGCGCUCGUCGAGCCGGAAGUUUAUCAGCAGCACCUCGCCAAGUCGAUCGCGCAGGCGGAGAACAAUGCUGGAAACAAGGCUUUCCACUGCAAGACACCGGACUGUCCCGGUUGGUGCAUCUACGACGACGACGUGAACAAUUUCCUGUGUCCUGUAUGCGAAGCCAACAAUUGUCUCACCUGUCAGGUCGUUCAUACUGGAAAGAAUUGCAAACAGUAUCAGCAAGAAUUGCAACUUUCGAAAGAGACCGACCAGGAAUCUAAAAGGACAGCGGCGAUGCUCAAAGAAAUGGUCGAAAGAGGGGAGGCACUUGCGUGUCCCACGUGUGCCGUUGUUCUUAUGAAGAAAUGGGGUUGCGAUUGGCUGGUUUGCUCAAUGUGCAAAACGGAGAUAUGUUGGGUAACCAGAGGACCGCGUUGGGGCCCAGGAGGUAAAGGAGACAUAUCCGGCGGUUGCAGAUGCGGUGAGAACGGAGUAAAGUGUCACCCCCGUUGCAAUUACUGCCACUAAAGAAUUACAACUGCCACAACAAUGAGAGCACGCCAAGUUUACAGUGAUAACAAGGUCUCCUAGAAAUGCUUUAGAAAUUAUUACCCAUAUUGACACAUAAUAAUUUACAGAACCGAUGUGACGUACGAAGAUCUUUUAUACGUGCGUUUAGCACAAGCUCGAACCCCGGUAAAUCGGUACGAAACAGGAAUUAUACGCUGCUUGCUCAAUAAUUGUACUCUCAUUGCGGCACUGUCCUUGAUAGGAUUGAAAGUGAUACUCUAAUAAAAAGGAGGAACACGCUUAA